CCUUCAAAGGUGUACAUGAAGAAGGAAACCAUCCAAUGGCCCUGGGAAAUUAUACCAGGGUGCCUGAAUUUAUUUUCUGUGGACUUACCCAGUCUCAAGAACUGAGCUUGAUCUUAUUUUUCUUUCUAUCUGUGGUCUAUGUAACAACUGUGUUAGCAAACAUUGCCAUCAUAGUCACUGUCACCUGUGAAUCUCGCCUUCACACACCCAUGUACUUUCUGCUCCGCAAUCUCUCUGUCUUGGACAUCUGCUUCUCUUCCAUCACUGCUCCGAAGGUCCUAGGAGACCUUCUCUCAAGAACAAAGACCAUCUCCUUCAAUGGCUGCAUCACACAGAUGUUUUUCUUUCACCUCCUUGGUGGAGCAGACAUUUUUUCUCUCUCUGUGAUGGCAUUUGAUCGUUACAUGGCUAUCUCCAAGCCCCUACACUACGUGACCAUCAUGAGUAGGGGGCGAUGCACUGCACUCAUUGUGGCCUCCUGGGUGGGGGGCUUUGUCCACUCCAUUGUGCAGAUUUCCCUGUUGCUCCCACUCCCCUUCUGUGGACCCAAUGUUAUUGAUGGCUUCUACUGCGAUGUCCCUCAGGUCCUCAAACUUGCCUGCACUAGCACCCUUGCUCUUGAGCUCCUGAUGAUUUCCAACAAUGGUCUGGUCUCUACCCUGUGGUUUGUCCUUAUCCUGGUGUCCUAUACUGUCAUCUUGAUGAUGCUGAGGUCUCACACUGGGGAGGGCAGAAGGAAAGCUAUCUCCACCUGCACAGCUCACAUCACUGUGGUGACCCUGCAUUUUGUACCCUGCAUCUAUGUCUAUGCCAGGCCCUUCACUGCCCUCCCCAUGGACAGAGCUGUCUCUAUCACCUUCACUGUUAUCAUCCCUGUCCUGAACCCUUUGAUCUACACCCUGAGGAACCAGGAGAUGAAGUCAGCCAUGAAGAGACUGAAGAGAAGACUGGGACGUUCCACAAAAGGAGUAGAUUCUGUGAAGUCCAGAUUGGGAAGUCAGAACUGAAAAUAGAUUUUACACAACACAAUAACCAAAAAACAAACAAACCCGUUGCCUUUAAGUCAAUUCGGACUCAUAACAACCCUAUAGGAAAGAGUAGAACUGCCCCAUUGAGCUUCCAAGGAGCGCCUGGUGGAUUCGAACUGCCGACCUUUUGAUUAGCAAACACAGCUCUUAACCACUAUGCUACUACCAGGGUUUCUACACAACACAAUAGAAGGCCCCAAUCAAUACACCAACUUUAGGCCAAAGCUUUAUCUUUUCACCACAGCAAAGUCCCAUAAUAAGGUUGGCCCGAGACAAUCAUCACUACAGGGUUGUCUCGUGAUGAGAUCAUUGGCCACUUAGAGUAUCGGGUCCAAAAAUUCUCAGCUACUAUAGGGACUUUAAUGUUCAUAUCAGGAACCCUGGUGGUGCAGCGGUUAAGAGCUCAGCUGCUAUGCAAAUGGUCAGUGGUUUGAACCUGCCAGCCACUCUGUGGAAGAAAGAUGUGGCAGUCUGCUUCCAUAAAGAUUUACAGCCUUGGAAGCCCUAUGGUGAAGUUCUACUCUGUCCUAUAGGGAUGCUAGAAGUU